CUCCUUUAUUCAAGGAUAUCCUGCGUAACAGGCACAAUCAGGCAAAGCGAAGUGUUGUUAUCCGGACUCAGAAUCCAGAAGCUACUGUUGAGUCCCUGCUUACCUUUGGAAAUCUGAAACAUGCUCAUUUUACCUCACAGGAUAAGGCCUAUAUUCUGGCGGAAUUUGCAAAUGAGGCAAGCAUCACCAAGCUGCGGCAAACUGCUGGAUUCUUCAGUGAGCCCAAUCAGUUUCCCAUGCGUUCAAGGGUCUUGUUUGACACAUCGUCACGUUCUGCAAAAAAACAUCGACCUUUGCCCCAGAUUGAUGACGUAAAUUGGAAUGGGAAAUCCUCACAACAAUAUCCCUUGAUGGACCUGUUACAACAAGAAGUAGAAUCUUUGUGCACUCGAAGAUCACUUGAUGAUAGUGACUUGAGGAUGAGAUUCUUUGUGUGCCUGCAACUGGAAGAGCUCUUGCAGUCAAUCCUCCCAGAAGCUUACAUUCUUCCGUUCGGUUCCUGUCUGAACGGCUUCGGCUGGUGGAACAGUGACCUUGAUAUGAUGCUGUGUUUCUCAAAAGAACUCUGUUCCCCGGACAUGACUGCAAUGCAAAACGGCAGAUUCUCAAACUUUCGAAUGCUUACGGAAACAUUUGGUAGUAAUCGGAUGUUGGCGCAGACAACUCUGAACAUGGUAUCAUCCCUGCUACAACUGGUGCCGCGGGUUCACCAUGUGUCGAGGAUUCUAAACGCUCGUGUGCCUAUCAUACGAUUUAAACAUAUGGCUGUGAACUUAGACUGUGAUAUAAGUCUGCAAGCAACGGACAGUAUCAAGAUGACAGAGCUUCUCUACCUGUACUCUGUGUGUGACCCCAGGGUCAGGCCUCUGAUGGCAGUCAUCAAACAGUGGGCCAUCUGUCAUCACUUGACCGCUGGCGGGGAACAACAGAAACCAACCACUAUCGGAAUCUUGUUCAUGCUUCUCUAUUACCUGCAGACGAGGUCACCGCCAGUGGUUCCAACUCUCAAGAAAUUGCAGUCCUAUGCAAGUACCACGGAGAUGUUCUACAUUGACGAUACCUUGUAUGGGCUGCCGUCCAAACCCUCACUCAUACCUCGAUCCCAGAAUACAGAGACUAUAGACAACCUUCUCCAUGGUUUCUUCACAUUUUACUCAGAGUUUGAUUUCAAGAACAAUGCCAUCUCCGUUAUUGAAGGGAGUACUUUCAGCAAACCAGCAGAUGCCACCGCAGUCUACAUCGAGAACCCUCUCAGUCUCGGCUUGAACAUCUGCCGCAAUGUUGCUGGUGGCCAGCUCAGUAAUUUCAUUGCAGCAAUGAAAGAUGCCGCCUCCAAGCUGGAAGCACUGAAUGUCAAGCAGGAGACGUCCAAGAAAACUCCACUAUCAAAGUUGUCAUUUCUUUUCUCCACCAAUCAUGAUUCGGGGAAUCUAGAACCUGUUCAGAUCUCGGAACUGUUUUCAGAUGCAGAUUUGAUAGUUGAUAGUGAGAGUAAUGAUGGAAAAGAUAAUGACAACUUAACGGAUCAAGUCAGUAACCAGAGCAGCCAUGUUGCUUGA